UCUUUUUAUUAUUAUCAUUAUUAUGAAACAAAUAACUGAAGUUAUUGUUAAUGGUGCUGGACCUGUUGGACUCUUUUGUGCUUACAUGUUAUUGAAACAAGGUCAUUCUGUCUAUUUGCUAGAUAAGAAGGCUGGUCCCACAGAUCAAAGUCGAGCAUUUGGUAUCACUCCUCGUUCUAUGGAAAUCCUUCAACAUCAAGGUAUAGCUUAUCGUAUUUUACAACAUGCAUUAUCUAUUCGUGGUGCUAGACUUUUUAUUAAUGGAACUAAUAUGGGUACUUUCUAUUUGGAUGAACUUGAUACUGUAUUUCCUCAAUUGACUUCACUUCCUCAGUCCAAAGUGGAAGCAAUUAUUGUAGAAGAAAUUGAAAAGAUACAAGGCAAAAUUCAUUGGAACACAACCCUAAUUGAUUAUGAACAACAAGAAGAAGGUGUAACAGCUCGUGUCAAGGAUAUUCUUACUGAUGAGAUCAAAGAGAUUUCUGCAAAAUAUAUUGUAGGUGCUGAUGGUUGUCAUUCUGCUGUACGAAAACAGGAUUCUACUUGGACUUAUGAUGGACAAGCUAUCAAGUCUCGAUUUGCUUUAGCUGAUCUGAUUUUGGAAGGUCCUGAUGUAGACCUGAUUCGAAAUCGUCAAAUUUUAUUUUAUCAUUCAAAAGGCAGUUGUAUCUUGAUUCCAAUGCGACAUGAUGGCGAUGAUGAUAAGGCGACUUUACGUCUGGUGGCCAACUUGGGACCUUAUGAAAAUGAUGAUGGACCACGGGUGAAUCAUGGUAUAAAUACUAGGGAAGUAUUGACAGAGGACAAGGUCAAGGAAAUUCUGAAAGAUCGAACUGAAGGAUUAAGAGUGACCAUGCAUUCAUCCAUCUGGUUGACUUACUUUAAUAUCAAUGAAAGAAUAGCCAAUGGAUUUAGACGUAAUCGUGCCUUUUUGAUUGGUGAUGCUGCACAUUGUCACUCUCCUGCUGGUGGUCAAGGAAUGAAUAUUGGACUUCAAGAUGCUGAAAAUCUUGCAUGGAAACUCUCUAUGGUAUUGAAGGGAGAAGCAUCGGAUCCUGAGAAAGUGUUAGAUUCAUAUACAAUAGAACGUGAACCAAUGGUGAAAGCAGUGAUGACUACGGCUGGAUCAUUAACGAGAAUGGUAUUUAGUCAGACAUACUUCAUGUCAUUGUUAAGAUAUCUUAUUAUUUCCGCAGUAUUCAACAUUACAUUCCUUCGAAGAAGUAUUGUGACAAGACUUAUGCAGGUUGACUUUAAACUUGGAGAAUCACCUAUUCUACUGUCUUCAAAUACCAAGCAGCAACAAGUUCUUUUACCACCUGGAUCUAUGUUGAAGGAUACUCGUGCACUAUUGAGCAAGGAUGUGACAACACAAUUGGAACGACAAACAAUCUAUCAAAUUCUGGAAAAAUUCAAUAGCAACAAUCAACACACUCUACUUUGGAUGAUCACACGACAAACUUGGCAACGGGAACCCAAAGAGGAAUUAACACAAUCUUUUAUUAAACGAAUCACUGAAUACAAUAGUUGUCGGGGCUUGGUGGUACAGUCGAUCACUCAGUAUAGUAGUUAUAUUGAUGAAAAUCAAACAAAGAAGACUACGGAUAAAGUUGAUUUUUGGGUGGAUACUCAUGCGAUAGCAGCAGAAGAUUCUUUAAGUAACAAAAUUGGAUUCACAAAAUAUUUGAAAGCAAGCAAAGACGAGAUUCCUCCAGCAGCGUUGGUGGUUAUUCGACCUGAUCGAUAUGUAGCUUACAGUGGAUUAAUUAGUACAUUAGAUGAAUUAGAGCAUGCUUUUACCUUUUUGAAUCGUUAUUGUUUAUCCAAGAAACAGAAAUAAAAAAUAUAUUCCAAGCCCAGCGUUUUGCAUUGGGGUUACACAACAUUUUGAAACCAGGUGGCGUUCCUAUGAUUUAAAACAAUGUAUUUAG